GAUUAGAAAAUUUGAUCGAUGAAACUGGAAUUAUAAACUUAGCAACUAAAUUCAUUAGUAUAAGUAGAUAGUUGAAGUUGAUGUUCGAAUUGAAUUAGUUAGUAACAAAUUGGAAACUCAGCAAGAAUGAAAAUAUUGAUAAUUGUGCUACUUUCCAUGGGACUGGAAAGCUCAUCAACAGCUCCACUAGAAGAAGCCAAGUUUCUAAGACAAAUAGUCGAUCAAUACAGUCCACCAUUGAUCAUCUCUUUUCUUCAUUCUCGAAUGGAUAACAAUCAACAAAUGAUUAAGAAAAUCAAAAAUUCAUUAACAGACUUGGAUAAAUCUAAACGAGAUAUAUUUGAUUUAGCCGAGAAAACCUUACAAUUACUCAGUAAUCAACUAACCGCUCUGGAAAAAGCCGAUUAUUUUGACCAUGAUGGAACUGAAAAGGUCAAGUUUUUUGUUGAACAAUUUAUUAUGGUCGAUGAAUUUUACCCAAUUGAUUUUGGUUCUUAUGGAAUGACCAAUAUCGAGUUAACUGUUGACGGAAUAUUGGAGCAAUUAAAAACUCAGACAUUUGACAAAUUACACAACCAAACCAUCACAUUGAUUGAAAAUUACCUUUCUGAUAUUGAGGACAAGGAAUCAAAUGUGAAUUGUAAUCGAUUGCAACAAGUAUCGAUCUCAUUGGCAAAAGAUGAACUACAUUCACUUAUUAACCAUCUUUACACAAUUAAAACCACUAAUUACAACAAUGGGCAACCUUACAAUAAUAAUAAUAUUAAUGAUCCACGAAAAGAUGAGAUUGAUAAAUCGUUGAAAAGAUUGAAAACAAUUGUUGACUUUUUCUAUUCACAAUUUAAUUAUCUCGCUGAUAAAGAAUCAGCUUCAACAUCUAAACCAACAAUUAAUACACCAAAUUAUCAACCAGAAAUGUCUAACAAAACAUACUUCGAUCUAAAUAUUGAUGCAGAAGUUGCAACAACUUCUCCAUUAGCUGUACGUGGUUCAUAUUGAGUGCAAUGAUCAACAAUUUAUUAAUAAUAAAAUACUGGUAACCAAGGA